UUCGAGUGUAACAAACAGAGGGGACGGAGCCGCACGCUGCAUAGAUCACCACACACAUAUAUACAUACACACACACAUUUGCCGACGGAAAACAACUGUUUUACAACCGCAAACGUGCUUUUCCAUAGUAAAUGAAAAUAAAUAUAUAAAGCGUGAACCACAAAACGUGAUCUCCCUGCAGCCCGGGGGCUUUAGGAGUCUGCAAGGAAGUCAUCAUGUGAAAAAAAAAAAAAAGAAAGAAAAAAAAAAAAUAAGUAAACGGACAAACGGGCUGGAUCAUAAGGAAAAAGCUUAAGUCUGAAGGAAAGGAAGUAUGGCUGAGGUUUACAGUCAAUGAAGUCUGAGGGGUGUUUUUUAGCGUGACAGAGGUGGAGCUUACUCCACACUGGUGAGACACGUUUCUCUCUGAGGAGGCCUGUGCUGUCGACCCCCCGAAAACCCACCAUCCGCCAGCCAAGAGCUGUUGCAGGCACAGCACCACAACAUGCAUCUGAAUCCCACAGUCACGCAGGAGCAUCUCACCGCAUGCUAACACAUAACGGAGCUGCCAUUCUCACCUCCUCAGAGCAGUCAAACUAUGGAACAAACCUCUGGUGCGAGCGGUAUGUCCGUGGAUGAGAGGUCUGAAGCUCCCAUGUACGUGUAUGAGUCGACAGUGCACUGUACCAACAUCCUACUGGGUCUGAAUGAGCAGCGGAAGCAGGGCCUGCUCUGUGAUGUGACCGUGCUGGUGGAGGGAAAGGAGUUCCGCGCACACAGGGCGGUCCUAGCAGCCUGCAGCGAGUACUUCCUACAGGGUUUUGUCACCCAAAGUGACAAUGAACUGAUUCUCAGCAUGCCAGACGAGGUCAGUGCCCAGGGAUUCGCUCCAUUGUUGCAGUUUGCCUACACGGCUAAGCUGCUACUCAGCAGAGAAAACAUCCAGGAGGUCAUCCGCUGUGCCGAAUUCCUGCGCAUGCACAACCUGGAGGACUCCUGCUUUCGCUUCCUGGAGGCCCAACUGCGCAGUGAGGAGGAUGGUCUUCUCCUCUGUCGCAAGGUGGUAUCUGAGAACAAUCACUCUGAGGACGAGAGUAUGCAGCCUGAGGUGUUGACAACAUCGACAACUUCAGUGACCCUGUCUGAUUCUCCACGCUCUCGUCUUUGCACUGAGGCCCUGAACUCCUUGCGACGGCCAGACCAUGAGCAGCUGGCAGCGGCAGAAGAUUUUGCUGAUGGGCCGAUGGACUUUGAGCGACAUGGCACCUCGGACCUGCCACGAUGCCCUAAAUAUAGGAAGUACCAGUGGGCAUGCAACAAGCACAAUAAUGAUGUCUCCUCACACACCAGUACCUCAGGAUUUCCAAGCACAUUCAAGGAGAUGAGCAGGCCAGCAGUGAUGCAAAUCAAGCAGGAGCCACGCAGUGAGGAAGAGUCUAUCUCGCUUUGCCUGUCAGGGGAUGAGCAGGAUGGAAGGGAAAAUGACGGUUUGGCUGAGAUGGAGCUGGAUGGUUCCAUUGCAAUGGAUCGACCUAAAGGCAGCAGCAAGUCACCCACCUGCCUACGAAAUCUCUUCAAGAAAGAUCUGCCUAGCCCACCCCAGCAGAUAUUUGCAAACAGACUCGUCAAUGCCCAGGACAAAGGAACCACUCAGGAAGACCACAAAAAAGACUACAGGCCUUCGCUCGGCAGCGAGCCUGGCAUGCCUGUGGUGUUCCCCAAAGAUGCUGAUGGUUUCCCGCCAGGGAUCUCGCUGAAAUCAGCUUCCUGUGAUGGAGUGUGCAAACAAGAGGUGGAGCUGGACCGCCGCAGUGUCAUCUUCUCCUCAGGGGCCUGUGACCGAAUGGGUACACCCACCCACUCUCACGCCAGCAGUAACUCACUGGAGAAGGAGCUCUCAAAGGACAUGCCAAAGGGACUGUGGGCUGGUGCCAGCCAGUCCCUCCCCAGCUCCCAAACCUACUCCCCCAGCACCACAGUCAGCGACCUGCCCCUGCUCUGCCGCCAAAGGCCCAACACCAGCUGCCCAGUGCCAAUCAAAGUAUGCCCACGAUCGCCCCCUUCAGAAACCCGCACCCGGACCUCCAGUUCCUGUUCCUCAUACUCUUACGCUGAAGACGGGAGUGGCGGUUCCCCCUGUAGCCUGCCGCAGUUUGAGUUUUCCUCCUCACCGUGCCCCAAUGUGACGCAAUGUCUCCCCGCCAAUCCACAGGAGUCAGGUGGCGGGACAGAGGCACUAUACACACGGGUGCGACCCAAGAUUAAGUGUGAGCAGUCGUAUGGAACCAAUUCCAGUGAUGAGUCAGGGUCCUUUUCAGAGGGUGACAGCGAAUCAUGUUCUGUUCGGGAGCAAGGCCCUGAGGUCAAGCUUCCUUUCCCUGUUGAUCAAAUCACAAAUCUUCCACGCAAUGACUUCCAAAUGAUGGUGAAAAUGCACAAGCUGACCACAGAACAGCUGGAAUUCAUCCACGAUGUGCGCCGACGCAGCAAAAACCGCAUCGCAGCUCAGCGCUGCCGCAAGAGGAAACUGGACUGCAUCCUCAACCUCGAGUGUGAAAUUCGCAAAUUGGUUUGUGAGAAGGAAAAGCUGUUGACGGAGCGUAACCAGUUGAAGGCGUGUAUGGGAGAGUUGUGGGAGAACUUCUCCUGUCUAUCUGAAGAGGUGUGUCGAGACGUGCAGCUGAGCCCAGAACAGGUCCAUCACUACUGCCCCGUACUGCAUCCCGGCAAUGCCACCUCCAUCACCCCAGGCAACCAGGCUCUGCCCACCGGCAGCAUUGACCUCACUAAUUGCCCCACCCCCGAGCAGAGCUUUCUCAAAUCGGCCACCACAACAGACAAGAAAAAGCGACCAGGAUCAACACAAUGGAAGACCGGAAACGGGUCAGAAAACGCAGGCAAUGACAGGGAGGAGCAAGAAGCUGGCUCUGUCUACCUUGAGGCAGGGCUUUCCUUGGAACAGUCCAAUCAGACAGUGACAGUAGACUUCUGUCAAGAGAUGACAGAUAAAUGUACAACCGACGAACAGCCCAGAAAGGACUGUACCUAAUGAUGGUGGUUUCUCUGUGUUUAUUUGUUUGUGUAUUUUUUUUAUUAUUUAAUUUAGUUAUGUCUUCUGACAAACCCUCAAAACUCGAGGGCUGUUGAGAUGGCCAGCCUCUGCCAGUGUUUUUUUUUUUUUUUAUAUAUAUAUUUAUGUCUUUUUUUAACAAAGGUUGACACUACAGUUGUCUUAACAGCAGCAAUACUGUUCUCCAGGUUCUUGCUCAUUCAGCCAUGGCAGAGUGGCUGAGACCUUCUCACAGAACUUCACGGUGGUGCUACACCUUUCCAUGACAGUGACCUCUUCUGUGGCCACACUGUCUGUUUCCUAUUACAGUCCAUUCAAAUGGGAUGGGCACUGACCACAUCUCAAAUUCAGACCUCUACGGACCUAGCAGCAGUUUUUGCUAUCUCUUUCUCUCUCUCUUCCCCCCUCUGACAUCUAUUCACUGUUCUUUCCCUCUACCUCCAAAUCUCUAUCUCUCUUUCUCUCUCUCUUUGUGGCCCUUGUCACAGUAAAUUCAAACUCAGGAAAUAUUCUGAAUGUUCAGUAUAAUUCAUGAAAAAAAAGUAAGUAUACAGAUUCUGUAUACACAAAAGAUUCUUUUUUUUCUACAGCAGCUAGACUGUAAAUGUCCAUAUGCAAAAAUGUCUUCUGCAUCAUAUGUUUGUAGUGUCUGUGUACCGCAACACUUAAUUUGUACAGAUGGUGGUAUCUAAAAACAUUCCUUCUUUGCCUUCCACAGCACUAAUACGAAAGUACGAUGGAAAGACAGACGAGUAAAGAAUGAUUCAAAUAAUUGUUUCAGCCACCUUUUGCAUCAGCAAUAUUGUACAAUUUGGAUGUUAUUGAGGAUAAUGUACUAAGUGCUUUGCUUGGCAGAAAGUGUAUUGUAAAUACUAUGGAGCAUGGAGACAGUCUGAGUAAUAUUGUACAGGUAGAAACUUAGAUGGUUUGUUCAUUUUUUUCUCUCUCUGGGGUUUGAUCAAGCACCUUUUGUCACGAAGGGAAAAUCGUUGCUGUUUCCUGUCUCAAAUGAAUUCCCCACGACAAUGGCCGCGCUUAAACUCAGGAAACUAGCAUUCUUACGCUCAAGCAUCCACACGCAUGCACAGACACCCACACACAUGCUCGUAUACAAAAGGAACACAGACCCCCAGUGCAGUGCAAAGAGCCCCUUGCAUGUAAUUUGGAUGUUAAUGGUGUGGAUGAUGUCAUGUGCGUAGUGACCUCACCGCCCUCAGUGAGCUGUUCUUCUUUAAAUGUGAAAAGAGUCCCAGCUUGAUGUGCUUUUCUGAGAAAACCUUGUUUGUUAUCAGUAUUUACAGAUGCUGCGCAUGGGCUGGUGUUCUCACAGUCACCUUCUGAAACAAUUUCAGUGUUAUGUUAGAAAAGGUCUCCAUAAACCGACACCCUUUCAGUCUCGGGCCGACAGAGCUCAGUGAAAGGACCCUGCCCUCACCACCGGCACUUUCUCUCUUUCCUCUAUCAGCACUCUUUGACCGUUUAGCACUUCUGAAAGGGUAGAUUUCAUUAUCAGGACCCUGAAAAGUCUGAAAUUGAAGCACUUAACACAGACGCUUAAAAGCGUCUCAACAGGCAGAUUAUCUGAUAAGUUUAAGUUAUAUUAAUGACAUAAAGAACAUUUUCAGGACUUUGAUUCAUUUGCAUCAUUAAAAAAAAUAUUGAAAGUUCAAUAUCACAAUACGAGGGAGUGUUCACAUCAAAUAUUUAUGGAAGACACUAAAAAAGCUGAAAAAAGCUGAAUUGGAUGGAAUAAACCCAUUCUUUUAAGUUGUCCUAUGUAUUUCCCUUAAUUGUACAUUUGUUAGACGAGUAUAUCCAUACUAAUGGGAUUGCAUGCUGCCUGUAUAUUUUAUAUAGUUUGUUUAGACUUUCUUUACCUCAAGAUGUAGUCUUUGGAAAAAUGGUUUUAAUCCUGACGAGUUCACUCUGGUUUCAAUGAGCAAAAAUGACUUGAAUAACUGGUUAAAAAUAUGUUAUAAAUGGUUGUAGGGAUGCACCAAUGUAUUGGUCGCUGAUAUUUAUCAGCCAGUGUUUGACCAAAUUAAAACCAUCGGCAAAUUGGUAUUAAGCAUGAAAACGCAGAUAUGAAAAACUGAUGGUUCAUUUAUAAUUAAUUAUCAUCACACUUUGUAGAAACUCUUUGAAUUCAAAUGCACAAUCCAGAUAUAAUGAUAGCCACAGAAUGUAGAAUGGUUAGCACUCCUAAGAACAUGUCAUAUUUAAUUUUUAUUCUUUCUCGUUCUUACAUUAAUGAGGAAAAAACGUUGUUACAGACGUGAUAGUUGUGAAAGUGGCACUUACCUACAGUACACAUGAUGAGGUAAAACCAUCCAAAAUGCUUUGAAACCAGCAAACUUUGACUUCUGAGACAUUGAUAUGGUAUCCAUUAAGGCUUCACGAUUGAUUGAGUUAAGAUUGAAAUCGCAUUAUGGUCUUGCACGAUUGCAAAAGCUUGAGAGCCUACAUAUAAAAAUAGACUGCAAUCAGCAAUUCAGCAUUGUGUAAGCAAGCGGCACCCUCUAGCGGUUUGGAUGGCAUUUUCCAGUAUCCAUUACACCAUGAUAGAACUUAGAAGGACGUUUUGUUCCUUUGGUAACUUUUUAUUUUUCCAUGAUGUGGUUGACAUUUCCGUGUAAUUGCCUACCAUAUGCAUAUUAUGAAUUUGUGAUGUUCUAUUUUAUACAUUACAAACAUGUAAAAUGUUCUGUUAUGUUGUUUUGAACUGCAAAAUCAGAACUGCAAAAAUGUUUUAUAAGUACAAAAUAAUCUUUUGUUCACAUCAAUCAUCAUGCUAUGAUAUUUAGUUAUUUUUCAAUAAUUUUUUUCAUCUGUUAUUUAUCUUUUAUUGUGGCUCUCAUUUUUGGCCUGUCAUGUGUUCAACAGAUCCAAUCCAUGUUCAAUGGAAAUUAUUUAUUGUAAGAAAAAAAGCUUUUGUAUCUCCCAAACUGUGAUCUGAUGACAAAAUAAUGUAAGUGGCAAAAUAUCGGUAUCGUCAUCAGUAUCGACCAAUAGUUUUUUGUUAAAAUCAGUAUCGGCUAAAAAUGUUCAUAUCAGUGCAUCCCUAUUAUAAAGAUUUGUCUGUCGGAGAAAGCCCCAGCAGUGUGUGUGUGUGUGUGUGUGUGUGUGUGUGUGUGUGUGAUCUCCCAAUGAGUAAUGCAACACAGUUGGGAAUGCCAUUGGUCCCCUAGAAAUACAGUGUAUGUGUGCAUGCUUGUGUAUUUGUGAGUCUGAUUGUUUGAUAUUGUUUGAUAUUCAGACGCAUUUCAAGUUCUCAGACAUACAUACCUUUCUUUCUCCCUCUCGUAUGCAAGGCACAUGUACACACAUGCACAUAUGUACACACACAACCACACACUCAUACUUGAUGGAGUGUUCUCUCCUAGGGAUAUAGAAUCUAGAGGUGUUGUGAUGGUUAGUUGUGCUGUUGUUUUUCUUGUGGAUCUGUUCUUUCUCUCCAUCUCUUUUUCUAAGGACAUUUAAACAAUAUUUGACAUUUCUAAAUUGUAAUCAGGUACAAGACUAGAUUUAAAGAUUUAUGGGUCCAAGUGGACAUUUGUGCACACAUAUGCAAAUCAUCCCUAUAAUGAUACUUGUUUUGCUGAUUUUGUAUAAAUAAUGAAUAAUGAAACGUGGAAAGCAUGAACUUCCAUUUGACAAGCACACUGUCGUACACUUGAGAAUCUACGUCCACCUUUGAGAUGAAUAAACAGUUUUGACAUUUCUAGUGGGGGAAAAAGGUCCCACUUGCAUCAAAGCUACAACAACAGGCAUUCAAAAAUCUUCCAGAGAUUCUCCCAAAUCCACUUUUUAUGACCAUAGCUGUUUGUGUUCCUCAGAUAGCAAUGUAUUUGUCAUGUAUUUGUGGGCUGUACGUGGUAUGGCUGACUCAUCACACUUGCACACUUGGCCUUAAGAACCUGGGGAUCUUUUGGUUCGGGCUGACAUUUCGAUGCAGAUGUAGAUGGAUAGAAGAGAUGGUUAGACUAGGAAUUUGAUCACAUGGUGGUGGAAUUCUGACCUCUGUUAGCCUCUGUUACUAAACACUGCAUCAUGUUUGCCUCUAUGGUGACUUCAAGGGUUCAACCUGGUCGCCCAGUUACAGAAAGCCUCACAGGUUUAAAUAAGCUUAUUAGCUCUCCUCUCAACAACACUUCUGCUAGUUUUUGUUGUUUUACAGAGGUUUUAUUUUCUUAUCAGUCUCGUGGUUGCUCUUGUAUCUUGUCUCAGGGUCCGUGCCAACAGGUUUUUUUAUUUGGUUUUAGGAUCUACUUAAGCAUUUCGGAUGGUAGCUGAUGAGCUCAGCUUGCUUUCUCUGCAUAAUUGUUUUUUUGUUUUUUUGUUUUUUGUUUUUUUGUGUUUUGCUUUUAUGUGUGUGUCUUUUGAUUCUUAUAAAGCUAAUGGGUGAUAAGCAUGAUUUUUAAAAGUUUCUAAGCUAGGGUUAAUUAAUGCAUAGAUAGAAAAAAAAUUGAUUUGCACAAUUAUUUUGGAUGAAACCCAACAAGGGCUAUGGGGUAUCUCAAAAUAAAAUCCAGUCAUUAGUUUUUGGUUUUAAAUUUGGCUGCUAGAGCUAUUCUGUUUCUAAGCUAAGCUUUCAAUCUGCAGUUUGCAAUCAGCUAAAAGCAAAUGCCUAUUCGAAGUAUAUUUUAAGCUGCAGUAAAUGUUACUUAGUAUUGAGUACCAAUACUGUAAAAGAAAACACCCUUUUCUUCGUAAGCUCCUGUUUUGAGUUCAAAUUAUUGUUUAAUGUGGUUGGUUUGUUUAAAUUGUGCUGCUUCUCUGAAAUAUUAACACUGGUGUUCCAAAGGUUGCUCUUUUGACAAGGAUAAAACUUGCAUUUUUUCACAAUUUGCUUAACUAAAACAUUUGGUAUUCCGACUGAACACAUGAGCUCAUCAAAACAGCAUAACAAAAAGGCAAAAUGUUUACAAAAAAAAAAAAGGUGUCACAUUUUUAUGAGAAUUUUGCCAUGUACAUAGAAAUUGCACGGCUAAUUUGAAUGGGUAGGUUUAGUAUUCUGUCUUUUUGUUUUUGUAUGUUUUUAAAAUAUCAAGAGAAAUGGCCGUUUGAUAACUAUGCUCCUUUUCCUCAAGUUGUCUUUUCACCCGACGGGGAUGCUCCUGAAUACAAAGUGCACCUCCAACUUUGCCUUAGAACUGACAGAGGCCAUAGUUCACAUUCAAGUGAAGUGUGUAUGCAGGGGCAAUGAGCCCCCAUAUUUCGGCUAGCAGAGCGGACUCUCUCUCACACUUAUCUACCUGUGAAAUCCUUCAUACCUCUCAUAACUGGUCAAUGACUGUAUCAGCAAACUGCAUCAGGUGUUUUUCUACAUGCUUUUUACACAGAUUAUAUGGAUUAUUGUAUUGGUAGAUUUUGGUGCAUCAUUUUUAAUGGAUUAGCUCUUUGGCUUGUAGUCACAAACAUUGUUUUUCUCUUUAUCUCUCUUUCUGACUCUUUAUCUUGGUAUUUUUUAUUUUAUUUUAUUUUUUUAUUUUUUUCCCUAGGAGACUGUUUUGUGUUAAUAUUGUCGAUUUGAGGUAGCUGUUUCUUUGCUUAUUCUGUACUAAGAGUUUUUCCUUUUUUUUAUUUUUAUUUUUAUUUUUUUUAUUUUUUUUUAUAUAAAAUGCUUCAUGACCCUAAUGAAUUUAAUGACUUCAAAACCAUUGUACAUACGGUAUUGUGCAGGACUCGUUUUCAUGCAUUUCAAUUGCUAGUGUUAUAUAAAUGACAAAUUUUGUCUAGACACCAUUUCUGUUUAUGAAAUAAAGAAACAUAU